AUGAAUUCUCUUUAUUCCACCGUCGUGCUUCUGUUAUUGUUUUUCAAUGCAGUGUUAAGUGAUUCCCAAUCGGAAAAUGAUACGGAAAGCUCGAGUAGUGAUCGCAGUGACUACAAGAGGUCUCUUUUCGAGGAUUGCAAUUCUGGAUUCUCAUUUACGUGCAUGAAAUUGGAAUUAGUGUCAUGGGUAGACAAAAUGAGUCAAGAAAACGAAUACAAUCUUAUACCAGGAGUUUCCUUAGUCAGAGAAGCUAAUGCAACUACCUCGAACACUGCAGAACUGAUAGCGGAAAUGGCUAAAAGUUUUCCAAGUGAUCCGGAUUCUCGGCUAAACAUGGCCCUUUUCAAAAAGAUUUCUGGUUUCCUGAAUGGCCAUUCCGUUAAAGUCAAAUUGUUACCAGAUGUUGAAACAGUUGCUGGUCGAGCAGGAGGUGGUGGUGGUCUUGGAGGCGGUGGUGGUGGCGGUGGCAAAAAAGGAGGCGGUGGUUUAGGAAUGCUUCUUGCUGGAGCCGCUAUGAUGAAAGGUACACUAUUAGCACUAGCCCUUGGAGCAUUAGCUGCCCUUGCCGGUAAAGCCUUAAUGACAGGUCUUAUCGCCCUUUUAUUGUCUUCCAUUAUUGGUCUCAAGUCUCUUACCAGUGGAGGUGGAAAGACAACUUAUGAAGUUGUAGCUAAGCCAAUUUACACUCACGAAAAGACACAUUCAGUGUCUCAUGAAGACUACCAUGACCAUGGACAUGGUCAUUACAGAAGAAGUUUUGAUGAUCUGCCAUUACCUCUAGGACUUCAACCUGGUUACAAACCGUAG